CUUCGUGUUUUUUUGUCAUGUCACGUUGUUUUUGUUGAAUUCGAACUUCCUGGUCUAAGUCUUUUGUCCUCGUCAUCCACUUCUUCCUCUCGCUCGGACAUGGUGCUUCCCUCGUGGUUUACUGCCUUUUUGCCUCCAGUCAGUCUCCUUCCCGCACCACCAGCUCUCCCUUCACGGUCAUCGUCGUCGCCCGUUCGUCCUCACACACCGGUUGGUGAUGCAUCUUUUUCAGCACCUACAGUGUUGGAGACUCUUCCUCCCUCUACGGACUCUCCCGCUCCUGGUGUUGCUCGGCCAUCUUCGUCGCAGCAUCCGCCGGGUCCCCAUCCCAUGGUCACACGUGGUAAGAAUGCCAUACAGAAGCCUAAUCCCAUCCCAAGUAUGUUAAUGUUGCUACAGCCCAGACUUCUCCCCCAUUGGAACCGACUUAUGUGAAGGAGGCUUUGCUUAAUCCCAAGUGGAACAAAGCUAUGGCCGCCGAGAAUUCUGCCUUCUGGCUAAUCAUACGUGGGAUCUGAUCCCUCGUCUUCCACAUUAGAAUGUUGUUGAUAAUUGUUGGGUCUGACGUGUGAAGUGCCACCCGAAUGGGUCUAUCGAGCAUUUUAAAGCUCAACUUGUUGCUAAAAGGUUUCAUCAACGUCCUGGUCUUGACUUUCAUGACCGUCAGUCGUCACCAUCCGUUUGGUCUUUGCUCUUGCUCUCUCUCACUCUUGUGACGACGGCCGUUAUAUUGAGCUGAAUUAAACCGUCAGUCACUGUGAUCGAUCUUCCCGUCGCCAUCGUAACGUACUAAUCUUCAUCGAGAACCCGAGCGGCCGUCCGACAUAUUCAGUUGGUCAAGCAAGUGGUGGCUGGAGGGAGAGAAGAGAAGCCUUUCGCGGUUGCUUUUUCAUCUGUCAUCGAUUCCUUUUUGGGCUGGCUCGCUUUUUCCCCCUUCUCUGGUUUUGGUUGGUCCCCCAGCAAUAAAUCGAAUUCCUUCCAUCCACAAAGACUCCCGCAGCGAAUGUGUGGAUCCUCUUCACUCCGAAUCUUACAGGGUAAUCUCUCUCUCUUUCGAACCGUUAGCUAAAUAUAGAAGAACCCUUCAAUUUCCCCCACCAUCUCUCUUCCCAGUUUCGACGGAUCUUAAACCCUCCAUCAUGUCGCUGACAAUCAAGCUCCACGUUGUUCCCCACAUCAUUCCCCACACCGCUAUACGACGAGCUCCCGUGGCUGCCGUGACGAAUGUGAAGCUGCUGGUGGGGAAACCCAUUUACGGCGCUAACGAGUUGCUUCCAUUUCUGUACAGGCGGACGACGAGGUCGAGAAACAUGAAGGGUGCUGUUUUGCCGGCGAUCAAGAGCUCCUUGAUCGACCCUGACGGCGGGGCACUGGUGGAUUUGGUGGUGCCGGAGGGGGAGAGGGCCGGGAAGGUUUCUGAGGCUGAAGGGUUGCCGAAGGUGAAGCUGACGAAGGUGGAUGUGGAGUGGGUUCAUGUGGUGAGUGAAGGGUGGGCGAGCCCGUUGAGAGGUUUCAUGAGGGAGGACGAGUAUUUGCAGAGCCUGCAUUUCAAUUCGUUGAGGAUGGAGGAUGGGAAGGUGGUGAACAUGUCGCUCCCAAUUGUGUUGGCGAUUGAUGAUGGGACUAAGGAGAGUAUUGGGUCCGCGAAAGAUGUUGCUCUUUUGGGUCCUGAUGGGGAUGUCAUUGCCAUUCUUCGAAGUAUAGAAAUAUACAAGCACAACAAAGAAGAGAGAAUAGCCAGAACCUGGGGCACAACUGCUCCUGGUUUACCCUACGUGGAGGAGAGCAUCACUCAAGCUGGAAACUGGCUCAUUGGCGGAGACCUUGAAGUCCUAAAAACUAUCAAGUACAAUGACGGGCUCGAUCAUUAUCGCCUCUCCCCCAAGGAGCUACGCAAAGAAUUUGAUAAGCGUGGAGCUGAUGCAGUUUUCGCUUUUCAGCUAAGAAACCCGGUUCACAAUGGUCACGCUCUUUUGAUGAACGACACUCGUAGGCGGCUUCUGGAUAUGGGUUACAAGAAUCCCAUUCUCUUGCUGCAUCCUUUGGGAGGGUUUGUGAAGGCUGAUGAUGUGCCUUUGGAUGUCCGAAUGGAACAACACAGCAAGGUUUUAGAGGACAAAGUUCUUGAUCCAGAGACCACGAUAGUUGCAAUUUUCCCUUCACCUAUGCAUUACGCUGGUCCGACAGAAGUGCAAUGGCAUGCCAAGGCAAGAAUAAACGCAGGAGCUAACUUUUAUAUUGUGGGUCGUGAUCCUGCUGGCAUGGGGCAUCCUGUGGAGAAGAGAGAUUUGUAUGAUCCUGACCAUGGGAAGAAGGUGUUGAGCAUGGCUCCUGGGCUUGAGAAACUGAAUAUUUUGCCCUUCAGGGUAGCAGCUUACGAUACAGUUGCAAAGAAGAUGGCCUUUUUUGAUCCAUCAAGAGCGCAAGAUUUUCUAUUCAUAUCUGGAACCAAGAUGAGGACAUUUGCAAAAACAGGUGAAAACCCACCCGAUGGUUUUAUGUGCCCGGGAGGGUGGAAGGUCCUUGUGAAGUACUACGAGAGCUUGCAAACAGAGGACACCAAGCAGCAGAAGCCUGCUGCUGUAUCUGCUUAAGGAUCUGGGUUUGGUUAAAUGUUGAGCUUAAGAUGAAAGAUAAAGACUUUCCACUCCAUUUAGUGGAAGUUCUUGAGCAAAAGUUAUGGCAGCCAUAACCAUCAACUGAAGAGUUCUGGGGUUGGCCCUUUGGUAACUGGGUAUCUGUUCUUCCCUUGGUUUCUUUUUUGGUUCUUGAGACUAAAAGGAGUUAUAUUUAUUUUAUCAUUCAUUUGGAUGACAGUCUAGCUAGUUUUUCUUUUCUGCAAUAUUACAUGAUAAAAAUGACGGCUAUUUGAUCUGUUAUCAACGUGGGAAGAGAAAGUAGUACCCUUUUCUCAACUUUCUUUCCUUGCGUUAUGCUGCAAUGCCAUGAAUCUGCUUCAGCAACCCUGGUUAGAGUAUAGAUCGAGGAAAAGUUGCAGGUUUAGAGUUUUGUAUGCUUUCACAAAAAAAAAAAAAAAAACGUUCUGUAUGUACAGUUUCAACCGUCUGCUGCAAAUAACUUGUAAUAGUGUUCAAUAGUCCAAGGUGCUCCAAAAAGUGGUUCGAGGUGGGUCAACUCUUGGGCUAAGAGUGCAUAUGGACCAAGUGAUAAAAGUUCUAUUGGGUUGUGAAUCGGUAAUGGGCCUUCUCCAUUAGAUUCGUACUUUGCAGUUUGCUAGCUUGUUCCUCUGACUGCAGACUUGCCCAACGCCAACAGCUAAAUUCUCUACAGACUAAAAUGGACAAAUUUGGAAGGAUCCAGUUUUAAUAAUCUAACUCUCAAACAUCUCACUUUUCUCUGUUUGUCUUUUCAAUUGAUGGUCUCUCUCCCAAGUACUUAACGAAACGGUGGUUGAUGUAGUAAGCAAGUGUUUGGUCGAAAAUUUAUCAUUAGAUCUUUUGAAAAUUUUUAGGUUGCUCUUAUGGUGACAUGCAUGUCACAAUGACUUGCACUUUUCGGUCGACCUCAGUUAGGAUUAGGUCAACCUCAUUGAGAAUUAGGUUGAUCUCAUUUAGGAUUAGGUCGUGCAUGUCACGGUGACUUGCACUUUUCGGUCGAUCUCAAUUAGGAUUAGGUCGACCUCAUUUAGGAUUAGGUCGACCUAAUCUGUUGUUUCAGUCUAAAAAUAGUUUCAUGGCACCUACUUUGGAGAUUCAUAUCAUACAAUUGGCUAGAUGGAAAUUCAAGAUUAAUGGCUUGUUUUGAAGGUGGAGUGUCCCUCUACAUAUUGAAGUGAUUAAGAGCUCGAUAGGAAGUCCAGAAGACCAUUUUUGAACAUGAUCAAAAGGCUAUGCCAAAACAGGGAAAAUGCCUGAAAAUGGCCAAGUCUGGAAACGUGUUUGUGAAGGCUACUUUGGAGCUCAAUUUGAGAAGCAUGAAUGCGAGUCGAGUCCAGGGGCCUCUACCACGUUAAAUUAGGUAUGUUUUUAUACAAAUUCAAGUCAUUGGAUGAAAUAUUGGAUAUCUAUAAGGCUUCAAACAAAACGGUCGAAGUUGCUACGAAGGCUGUUUUUCUGGCAGACUUCGAGUACAAGCAAGCUGCCAGAAAAACAGUCUUCGUAGCAACUUCGAGCCUUUUGUUUGAAGUCUUAUAGAUAUCCAAUCUUUUAUCCAAUGCCUUGCCUUUGUAGAAAAAAUAUCUAAUUUAAUGUGGUAGAGGCUCCUGGACUCGGAUCGCAUCCAUGCUUCUCAAAUUGUGCUCAAAAGUAGGCUUCACAAACACGUUCCCAGACUUGGCCAUUUUCAGGAAGUUUCCCAGUUUUGGCAUAACCUUUUGAUCAGGUUCAAAAUGGUCUUCUGGACUUCCUAUCGAGCUGCCAAGUACUUUAAUGUGUAGAGGGACACUUCAGCUUCAAAACAAGCCAUUAAUCUCCAAUUUCCAUCUAGCCAAUUGUAAGAUAUGAAAUCCAAAGUAUACACCAUGAAAUUGUUUUUACACUGAAACAAUAGAGUAGGUUGACCUAA